GACGCGUGCCAUCUCCACGCGCGAUGGCUCCCUUCGGCUUCGUCGGCAUCGGCAUCAUGGGCGAGGGCAUGGCGACGUGCCUGCUGAACGACGGGCGCAGCCUCGUCGUCUGGAACCGCGACGCGUCCAAGAGCGAGAAGCUCAAGCUGGCCUUCCCGCGGCUCGUCACGGUCGCCGCGACGGCGGCGACGGUCGUCGAGACCUGCGCCGUGACCUUCUCCAUGCUCAGCACCCUCGAGGCGUCGCAGGCCGUCUUCCCGGCGCUCGUCGGCGCCGUCAAGGAGGGCAAGAGCAUCGUCGACUGCGCGACGCUCACGCCGGAGCGCAUGCGCGACAUGCGCGGCGCGGUGACGCUCGCCGGCGGCCGCUUCCUCGAGGCGCCCGUGUCCGGGUCCAAGGCGCCGGCGGCCCAGGGCGCCCUCAUCUUCCUCUGCGGCGGCGACGCGGCGCUCUACGCGGAGGUCAAGCCGGAGCUCGCCGUCAUGGGCAAGGCCGACUUCCUCUUCGGCGACGUCGGCGCGGGCACGAAGAUGAAGCUGGUGGUGAACAUGGUCAUGGGCGACAUGAUGGUCGCCCUCUCGGAGGGCCUGAGCCUCUGCGGCGCGGCGGGCCUGCCGGGCGACGCCGAGGCCGGCCUGCUCAAGGUGUUGGAUUUGGGGAUCAUGUCCAACGGCAUGUUCCGCCUCAAGGGGCCCAAGAUGCUCGCGGGCGACCACGCGCCCAACUUCCCCCUGAAGCACGCCCAGAAGGACAUGCGCUUCGCGCUGAAUCUCGGGGACCAGGUCGGCCAGGCGCUGCCCGUGUCCGC